AUGGCUGACGCGACUAACGCUAACGACGAGCUGUACCCCAUCGCCGUGCUAAUCGACGAAUUAAAGCACGACGACGUACUUCUUCGCCUCAAUGCCAUCCACCGACUCUCGACCAUUGCUCUGGCCUUGGGCGCCGAGCGCACCCGUGAGGAGCUAAUCCCCUUCCUUGAUGAGUCUGUCGAGGAUGAGGAUGAGGUGCUCGUUGCCCUUAGUGAGGAGCUGGGCACCUUCAUCGAGUACGUGGGUGGUCCUCAGUGGGGUCACGUUCUACUCUCCCCGCUCGAAAACCUUGCCGCCAUAGAGGAGCCCGUUGUGAGAGAUAAGGCCGUGGAAUCGCUGAACAAGAUCUGCAACGAGCUCUCGCCUCAACAAGUCGAAGAGUACUUCAUCCCUCUCACAAUCCGCCUCUCCAAGGCCGACUGGUUCACGUCUAAAGUAUCGGGCUGCGGCCUGUACACGACACCGUAUUCCAAGGUCUCUCCGCCCAUCCAAGAACAGCUCCGGCAGCAGUUUGGCCAGCUGGUCCAUGAUGACACGCCUAUGGUGCGCCGCCAGGCGGCGACCAACCUCGCCAAGUUUGUCAAGGAAAUGCCUGCCGCGAUUGUUGUUGAAGAAAUGAUACCCAUGUUCCAGCACCUCGUUCAAGACGACCAAGACAGUGUCCGCCUACUCACAGUCGAGGUCUUGAUUUCCAUCGCAGAGGUGGUCCCCAAGGAGCAGCAGGCAAGUCACGGCGUCCUCCUGAGCUCGCUGCGUAGCUUGAUAGACGACAAGAGCUGGAGAGUCCGGUACAUGAUUGCGGACCGGUUUGAGAAGAUUGCCAAGGCGGUCGAUGAGGAGGUGGUUGCCAGGGAUCUGGUCCCUGCCUUUGUGAAGCUGCUCAAGGAUAACGAAGCCGAGGUGCGGACAGCUAUUGCUGGCCAGAUCCCUGGGUUUUGCGCCCUGGUAGACCGCAAGACCCUUCUCAACGACAUCAUGGUUACCGUCGAGAACCUGGUGUCGGACAGCUCCCAACACGUCCGUGCUGCUUUGGGGACACAGAUUAGCGGUCUGGCUCCCAUUCUGGGCAAGCAGGAGACUAUUGAUCACUUGUUACCAAUGUUCCUCCAGAUGCUUAAGGAUGAAUUUCCGGAGGUCAGGCUCCAUAUCAUUUCGAAACUGGAGCUGGUAAAUCAAGUGAUUGGAAUCGACCUGCUGGCGCAAUCGCUCCUCCCAGCUAUAGUGCAGCUCGCCGAGGACAAGCAGUGGCGCGUGCGGCUCGCUAUCAUCGGCCAUAUGCCCUUACUUGCCAGUCAGCUGGGUGUCGAGUUCUUCGACGAGAAGCUCAGCCAGCUCUGUAUGGGCUGGCUUGGUGAUACGGUCUUUUCGAUCCGAGAGGCGGCCACCCAUAACCUCAAGAAGCUUACCGAGGUCUUUGGUGUCGAAUGGGCGAGCGAGGCGAUCAUUCCCAAGGUCAUGGCUAUGGGAGCCCACCCUAAUUAUCUGUACAGGAUGACAACGUGCUUUGCCAUCAACACACUGGCCAGCGUCGUGACAAUCGACGUCAUCGCCAAGUCGAUUCUACCUAUGCUGGAGAAGCUGACAAGCGAUGACAUUCCCAACAUCCGCUUUAAUGUUGCAAAGACAUACUCCGUCUUGAUUGGGGUGUUGCGUCGGCUGCCGGACCAGGGCACCAUUUACACAUUGGAGCAGGCCAAGACUCCGUUCACACCGUCCCCCAGGGGGCAACAGCUGAUCGACGAGCGAAUCAUGCCCAGUCUAGAGAAGCUUCAGAAGGAUGACGACGUGGAUGUGCGGUAUUUCGCGACCACGGCGGCGGCAGCGGCGACGGGUGCGGUUGUAGGCGGUGGAGAGCCCAUGAACACAUCACCAUAA